ACGGUGUGUGUAUGCAGUAGUGCUGGUUUGGUUUUUUGGGAUGUGCAAUCUUCCAAGGACUCUUCCGAAUUUAUUGCGGAAUAAAUUCACUCGAGAGGACUGAACGCCUCUCCUCCCUCCAGACAGAACGAGACGACUGAUUGCAUAUUAUAUAGCUCAGUUGUCCAACUUGGGUGAAGAGUUACCACGUGCAUCGAUGCAAAGAGGGAGAGAGAGAGAGAGUGAAUGCGAGACAAACAGUUUACCUCAAAAUUAAAGACCUUGCUAUUAAUAAUUGGGGUCUAUCUGGUAGUGACUUAAUUUGCCGUCCGGACAUACAUUCGUCUGCAUGUGUUCCCCUGAAGAGCAUUUUUCUAAAUUAUAUAUAUACUUAUGUAUAUAGUAUCUGUAUUUUUCUUCAUGCAGAAUUUAAGCGGUUUGCACUACACAUUACCUCUCGUACCGUGCAGAUCAAUAUUAUUGAUCCCAGCUCGUGGUGGUAGUAUAAUAGUAGGGCACAUACAACCAGACUUUCACUACGGUGGGGUUGGUUGGCACUCUUCCGAAGUGAGUGAGCAGUUAGCAGUUGCAUCAGAUCGAGUUCAUCUGGCAGUCGUUCCUCGGAAGUUCCUCCUUCCUUGAUCCGACAUAUGGAUGUUCGUACGUAGUAGUCGUCACAACAUGACCAUUGCUCCCAUACAACUGCUGCCACAGCAGUUGUUUAUUAUCUCCCGAACGUAGUUUACGUUUAGGCAAAAACUCAAAGUGCCAGGCUGUUUGUUAGCGUUGUGAAAUCUGGUGAAAGCAGUUAAAGCAAGAGGAAAUUACAGGAAAACACAUAAUAAUCAUGGCCGCCUCCUCUACAAAGUCGAACCAAAUGUUAACCAGCGGAACAUUAAAGUGUGUCACUUGUACUAAACACAACUGGUUAUAAGUGAGCAAAGGAAAGGAAAGGAAAUCCGAUAAGCAAGAUGGAAUUUCGAAAUUUUAUCGAUCGUUUCCAACGGCGAGGAUCUGACUAUUUUUCAUCAUUAAUUGGACGACCCCGAACUUAUGAUGGGGAAAAUACCUUGAAUGGCUCCGAGACUCAGAAUGACCAAGGCGAGGACACCGUGGAUGGGGCAAUUUUGUCGAGGAAUGCGGGGGACGGCAAGAGUCGAGUGAUCCUCAUCAACAAGCCACAAGGAGAACAUUUCCUCACCAAUGAAAUUUCCACUGCCAAAUAUUCAGUCUUGUCUUUCAUUCCCUCAUUUUUAUUUGAGCAGUUUCGUCGCUACUCCAACAUUUUCUUUCUCUGUAUAGCUUUACUUCAGCAAAUACCUGAUGUCUCACCCACCGGGAGAUAUACCACCCUAGUCCCACUUAUUUUUAUUCUCUCAGUUUCUGCCCUCAAAGAAAUCAUAGAAGACUGGAAACGUCAUGUAGCCGACAGAGAAACUAAUAAUCGAGAGAUUGACGUCUUAAAAAAUGGGCAAUGGCAGCCUGUCAAGUGGUCUAAUGUGGGAGUUGGAGACUUUUUAAAAGUGAAGAACAACAUGUUCUUCCCUGCCGAUUUAAUACUUUAUUCCACGAGUGAACCUCAAGGAAUUUGCUAUAUCGAAACUUCCAAUUUGGACGGCGAAACAAAUCUCAAAGUUCGACAAGGGCUGCCUGAAACUGCAGAGGUGCUAGAUACGAGAGAUCUUGCUGCUUUAACAGGAUACGUGGAAUGUGAACUCCCAAAUCGCCAUUUAUAUGAAUUUGCUGGAAAGCUUAAGCUAGGCAACGCAGGAGAAGAACUGGCGUUGGGCCCCGAUCAGGUUCUACUUCGAGGAGCAAAGCUUCAAAAUACAAAUUGGGUGUUUGGUCAAGUAGUCUACACUGGUCACGAAACAAAACUUCUCAAAAACUCGACCGCCGCCCCUCUGAAACGCUCGACUGUUGAUAAAUUAACAAACAAUCAAAUCAUAAUGCUCUUCAUUCUUUUGAUCUUGGUGUCGGUCAUGUCAGCAAUAUUUUCAUUAGUCCUCAUCGACGAGGAGAAAAUCUGGUAUCUGCCACCCUCGAAAGGUGGAAUUUCAGGUGUCAAAGGGAAAAUCUUAAAAUUUUUCCAAAGUGCGCUGACUUUCCUUAUUUUGUAUAACAAUCUAAUUCCAAUCUCACUCACUGUGACCCUUGAAGUAGUCCGUUUCAUUCAGGCAAUGUUCAUUAACAUGGACCGUGAUAUGUACUGUGCGGAAACAGAUACUCCGGCCAUGGCCAGGACUUCAAAUCUCAACGAAGAACUUGGACAAGUUCGUUAUGUUUUCUCUGACAAAACCGGCACGCUUACGAGAAACGUGAUGGAAUUCAAGGGGUGUACCGUAGGAGGGGAAAUGUACGACCCCGAUUUCUUCCUUCUGGAUCCCAUUCCCCUUAUCGAGAAUUUGAGAAGUGGCCACAAGACAGCAGAUGAGAUUAGAGAGUUUCUAGUUCUUCUUUCGGUUUGCCAUACUGUGAUCCCUGAACAUACAGAAACAGAAGUUGUUUAUCACGCCGCUUCACCGGAUGAACGUGCUUUAGUUUAUGGUGCCAGCAAAUUAGGUUACGUGUUUAAUACUAGAACUCCUAGUUAUGUAGAAAUUAGUGCGUUGGGGGUUACAGAGAGAUAUGAAGUUCUUAAUGCGCUCGAAUUUACGUCAACUCGUAAACGAAUGUCAGUGAUAGUGAAAGCCCCAAAUGGCAAAAUACGUCUUUUCUGCAAGGGAGCUGACACAGUAAUUUACGAGAGGCUCGCAGCGCAUGGGAAUUCUGAGUCGAAUAAGCAAAAAACUCGUGAACACUUGGAAAUAUUUGCCACUCAAGGUCUGCGAACAUUGUGCGUCGCAGCUGCAGAUAUUUCUCCGCAUGCUUAUGAGGAUUGGAGAAAGAUUUAUCAUAAGGCGUCUACGGCAAUACAAAAUAGGGAGCUGAAAUUAGAAGAAGCGUCAAAUCUCAUUGAAAGGAACCUCAUAUUACUGGGCGCAACAGCCAUCGAGGAUAAGCUGCAAGACAAAGUGCCCGAAACUAUUGCUGCUCUCAUAAAGGCAGGCAUCAGUGUUUGGGUAUUGACUGGCGACAAGCAAGAAACCGCCAUUAACAUUGGGUACUCUAGUCGCCUUCUCAGUCAAUCUAUGGAGCUUCUAAUUGUCAACCAAGAAAGCCUGGAUGCCACUCGGGAGUGCAUCCUAGGAUAUAUUCAUGCACUUUCACGUGACAAUAGUCAUGUUCUGCCAAAGGAAAACGAGGCUGCCGUAAUUAUUGACGGCAAAAGUCUAACGUAUGCACUUAGUUGCGAUUUGCGGAGGGAUUUCAUUGAUCUUUGUUGUAGCUGCAAGUCCGUCAUUGUCUGUAGAGCUUCCCCAAUACAAAAAGCUGAAAUUGUUGAAUACGUAACGCACCAAACCGGCGAAGUCACCCUUGCCAUCGGAGAUGGCGCAAAUGACGUUGCUAUGAUUCAAAAGGCCCAUGUUGGCGUCGGAAUUUCAGGCGUUGAAGGUCUUCAAGCUGCAACAGCGUCUGAUUAUGCCAUUGCCCAAUUCCACUUUCUUGCGAAAUUGCUAUUCGUCCACGGAGCUUGGAAUUACGAUCGGAUGUGCAAACUUAUCUUUUAUAGUUUCUACAAAAAUAUUUGUCUCUACAUCAUUGAGCUAUGGUUUGCGAUAUACUCUGCGUGGUCGGGUCAAGUAAUUUUCGAAAGAUGGACGAUCGGCUUUUACAACAUGCUUUUCACAUCUGCCCAACCAAUUGCAAUGGGAAUAUUUGAGCGUCAAUGUAGCCAAGAUAUACGAAUGAAGUUCCCAGUAUUAUACCGCCAGAACAAAGAUGCUUUUAACCUCAAGACAUUCUUUAUGUGGGUGGGGAACUCUAUUGUACAUUCCAUUUUUCUAUUUUGGUUAUCCUACUGGGCCAUGGGGGAUGGAAUUGUGUGGGGACACGGAGCUGAAGGAGGUUAUCUAGUCUUGGGAAAUUUUAUUUACACUUACGUUGUGAUAGUUGUGAGCUUAAAAGCAGGACUUGAAACGAAAUCCUGGACCCUGUUCACUCAUCUCGCCAUUUGGGGAUCCAUCGUUAUAUGGGUCUUAUUUCUAAUAAUCUACAGCCUGGUAUGGCGUACGUUGCCAAUCGGAGCAGAAAUUUUUGGAAUCGGUUUCAUGGUGUUUACUUCUCCCGUAUUUUGGGUUGGCGUGAUACUCAUUCCUGUUGCCACCCUUCUUCCAGACGUUAUUAUGAAAGCUGUACAAAAUACAAUGUUCCAAUCUCUGGACGAUCAAUUUCGCGAGUGUGAAGUUCUCCAGAGAGAUCCGAGUGCCAUCCUAUCCAAUGAGAAACACAGUCCCGUGUCCAGUUCUUCCCACCUCUUCUUCGUUACCACCCAAGGGGGCCAAGGAUUCAACGAUUCUGAAGUUGCAUCUGCUUCUUCUAUGAGUCAGCCACCCUUAUUGAAUUGGGAAGCAAGGUCACCCGACUAUGACAACGAAGGUCAACGCCGCCCCACUCCUUAUCCUGUAUUGAACCGUGCAACGGCACCCGACUAUGAUGACCAAGGUCACCGCCGCCCCACUCCUUACCCCAACCCCGACAAUACCGAAAACUAGUCAGCAACUCAAAAUUAUUAAUGCCUUUAUGUCUCCUUGAAUACCUUCCUGACCAUUCAUGUCCAAUCCGUUAUUAUUUCCUCUAAAUACUGUACAGUCAGUCAGUCAUUUAUGACAACGCAUGUCUCAACGCAUUGUAGUACAAAGUCAAUAAAUUGCUCAUGUCCCGAGUUACGCUAUCAAGUUGCUCAGUAAUUAAAGUGCCUUUGAUAUUUAGUAAUUUAUUUAUAUUUACACGUUUGAUUUAAUAGGAUAGAUUUAGAUUUAGUAAGUUUGCUGUUUGUUGAAUCCAGACGCGUUAAUUUUAGGGUUUGUUUCUCCUCGUGCAUGAAAAUGCCAGUUUUGUUUUCGUAUUACUUUUGCGUGUAUUUGGCGAAAAUAUAAUAAUUAACUAGCACCCAAGUUUGCAUACAUAUGUAUCUCGUGUACAUAUAUUUACAUACUUACAUACGUACACACCACACACUUUACAUAACCAACCAUUGAGAUUUAUUAAUUUACUUAAUACAGCUUUGAUGCGAAUGAUUCUAAAGUUGAGAUUUAUUUGCUAAUGUUAUGUAACAUUGUUCAUUGUAAUGAAUUCAUUUAGGUUGAAUAACAAUAAGUUUGAUGAGCAAGUGUCCGUAGCGUCAUGCUUGUUAAGGUAAAUCGUACUGACAACAACAAAUAUUCAUUGCAUUUUACUACAAUUCGUUCCUUGCUCUCUCACACAACAAACCAGCAGCAGUACUAACCUUAAAAUAGUUUUUAAAUAUUUCACAUUUUUCAUGGAUUUGGUUUUGGGCUGCUGCAGCGCAAUAUUUACACCACGACACGAGCCUUAAUUAUUGCUUAUUUAUUUAUAGAUGAUUUUUUGUAGUUUUUGAAGAUGAUUGUGUAUUUUAUAAGUAAAUAUUUUACAAUAUCAAUGCCUGCUGCCCUAUGUACUUCCAAAUGUACAUUUAAUUUUGUGAAUCUGUUUUACUCUUGAUUGGUUCAGAUUAAGCCAAAUAAUAAUAAUGCACACUAAUCAGGUACUUGUUUAUAACUUUUAUUUUCAAAAUAUUUUCCGGUAUGUAGUUGUUAUUUUCUUAAAAAUAAAGCAAUUGUUACACCGCAGA